AUGGAUAUCUCCACCAUCCUAUCCACCUCCAAGCCUGAUCUCGCGCCCUACGAGUCCCUAUACAAGCAUCUACAUCAGAACCCAGGGCUCUCUCUACAAGAACACCUUGCUGCUGAAACCGCGGCUAAAUAUUUGCGUUCUUUUGAAGGCUUCGAUGUGAGAACCAACAUUGGAGGUACCGGUCUCAUCGGCAUCCUCAAAAACGGACAAGGGAAAACAAUAUUACUUCGCGCGGAUACAGAUGCACUUCCAAUUGAAGAGUUGACCGGCCUGCCAUACGCGAGUAAAAAGCGGGAGGUUGAUGUGGAAGAUAGGAUCGAGAAACCAGUGAUGCAUGCGUGCGGACACGACAUGCAUAUCUCAUGUAUGCUGGCAGCUGCUGAGACGUUGCACACUUCUAUGAGACAUUGGAAGGGUACACUAAUAGUACUGUUCCAGCCGAAUGAGGAGCGAGCUGCGGGAGCCAAAGCCAUGAUUGCGGACGGACUUUAUGAUUCCGAAAAGCAUGCUUGCCCGGCCCCCGACGUGGUGUUAGGCCAGCACGUUUUCCCCUUGCCUGCUGGCACCGUCGGGACUCGAGUUGGAUCUUUUAUGUCUGCUGCGGACAGUUUCCGUGUCACAGUCUAUGGCAGGGGCGGGCAUGCAAGUAUGCCACAUAGGACUGUGGAUCCUGUGGUUAUGGCUGCUCAUAUCAUCGUUCGCCUACAAACCGUCGUUUCCAGAGAGGUAGACCCACGAGACUCUGCGGUUGUGACGGUAGGAAGUGUUCAAUCUGGUAUGACGGAGAACAUCAUUUCAAGUGAAGCUACUCUCAAGAUCAACGUCCGGACUGUACUCCCCGAAACGAGGACGAAGGUCUUAGCAGCCAUCAAAAGGAUUGUGAAGGCGGAAUGCGAUGCCAGUGGUGCUUCGAAAGAAGCUCUCUGGGAAUCAACAAGCUCCUUUCCGUUCACUAUCAACGAUGGAGAGGUCACGAACCACGUAGCAGAAGCAUUCAGCGAACAUUUUGGGGAAUUACACGAUCCAGAUACCCCACCACUAAGUGGCUCGGAAGACUUUAGUAUUCUCGCAAUAGAGGCUCCUAAUAAGGAUGGAGGGAGAGGGGUUCCCUAUUGCUUCUGGAAUUUUGGAGGCUCGGAUCCCAAGACGUUCGAGGACUUUAAAGGACGCGGGAAACUUGAUGAGCUUCCUGCCAACCAUAGCUCAUACUUUGCACCUGUCAUACAGCCCACUCUUUCUACGGGGGUGGAUGCUUUAGUCGUGGCUGCAUUGAGCUACUUGAGAUAA